AUGGGCGACGGACGCGGACAGGUAACGGAAUGCGAGACGGAAGAGAAGACCGAACUGGUGUCGCUCACAUCGUCCGAAUACGCGUCCCGACUGCACCGGCUGUACGUGCAGGAGGCGUUCAGCACGAGCGAAUUGGGCGGCGAGGUGCACCUGGACGAGCUGGUGGUGCCGCCAGACAAGGGCAUCCGGCUGUUGGUGCGGCCACUGCGCAGCCGAUCAGUCAGUCCAGGCAGCCGCGACAGCUGCGAAUGGAUAGCGCUGCGGGCGGAAGUGUCGGCGGCCGACCAGCCGCAGGAGACGGUGCUGGCGGUGACGCAGACAUCCAAGGACAUCAAGUUUGUGGUGCGCAUGCCCGGUGAGCAUGACGGCGACGGGUUGCCCAUGCCGCCACUGUGGUUCGAGCUAUACUAUGACCCGGAGAGCGAUGACCAGAUCCUGCUGAACAACAGCGAGACGCCCAUUGCGCUCUCGCGGGUUUCGCAGCCGGCGAGGGCCGAGUCGGACGGUCCUGGAUCGCCCGGGACGCCCGGCACACAGAGCCCGGAAUACACGAUCAACCCGGGGACAAUCAAGGCGUUGUCGCCGGGGACGUGGCGAAUCCGGAUAGGCAGCACAGAGGUUCUGGACUUUCGGAUACUGGAGAGACGACGGGCGGUGCACAAGGCGCCACCGCCAAGGAUAAGCAAAGAGACAGGCAUGGUGGAAGCGGAAUUGGGCGUGCACUCGUCGGGCAAGCGGUCGUUUGUCGCGGACGAGGACGACGAGCUGGGGCCUGGGGCUCGACGACAGAAGACGGCAGACGGCAGCAGUGCUGUGGGCGACAAAGACAAGGAGGCAAUCAUCAUGUUCCUCCAUCCGGCCGAGAGACAUCCGAUGCUGGAGAUGCAGCGGGAGGACACGGUGGUGAUGGCCGGGGGAUGUGAUAUGGACACGUACAAGCUGACGAAGCGCGACCCAAUUGCGUCGACGUCGCUGUCGGCCGUGUUCACGGGCACGAUGGAGCACCCGGACGUGCCGACAGGCAGCGUGAUCACAGUCAAGGUGAUCAAGACGCGACCGGCAGCAGCGACGGGUGUCGACAUGGUCGGAGCCGUGGUGCGGGCGCAAGAGACGGAGCGGAAUGUGAUCCGGCAGGCAGACACGUGGCUGCGCGAGUACAAAUCGCACGAGUAUCUGCGACACAACAGCAUCGUGCGGCUGUACGGCGGCGAUGCGCGGCACCUGUCGCUAUACAUGGAGCACGUGGACGGCCGCGAUCUCAGCAAGAAGGGCGUUUGGCGAGCGAGCAAUUCGGACUACUUCACGGGCAACCGACAGGACGCAGCGCGGAUUCUACGCGACAUUGCCGGCGCGCUGCACUAUGUUCACGGCCGCAGCCUGGUGCACAACGACGUCAAGCCGGCCAACAUUCUGUACUCGCGUGAACGAGGUGCCGUGCUGUGCGACUUUGGGCUGUCGACGAGCGCCGAGCAACCGGCUUCGGCCGGUGGCACGCCCUACUAUGUGCCGCCCGAGUUUAUCGGCCGCAAGCUGCGAGGACCGCCGAGCGACGUGUGGGCACUCGGCAUCACGAUGCUGUACGUGCUGCGCAAGAUCUCGUUUCCCGACUCGCGCGGCCACCAUCGGGCAAGACCGCUGUACUGGAUGAUUGCCGACGUCAACAAGGCGCCGGGGCAUCACGGCCACGGUGGCGGUGUCAAGGCCGGUGGCAGUGCGGCGAACGGGCCAUCUGCUGUGGCCCAGAUGCAGACCUGGCUGUCCGAGGUGAUCGAGGCCAAGGAGAAGCUGAGCCUGGAAGACACGGUCGAGCGGCUGACCUAUGAGAUGCUGAUCCCCAACCAGCACCAGCGCAUCACGAUGAAGCGUGUGGUGGCCGAGCUGUUCAAAGACUCGUCGACGGGAUGA